UUCAUUUAUAAAUUUUUCCUAAUGUUAUCGCAUAUUCAUUUAUUUUAAAUCAGUAAAAGAAAAAAAUAAUAUAUUAAUAUUCUUUCUAAACUUUAUACAAGAUAAAACAGUGAAUUAGGAAUUUGAUUUAUGAAAAAAACUCAAAAACUUUAAAAAAUAAUCUAUUUUUAUCUUCGUUAUAAUUUUUUUUUAAACAUCAGAUAGGGCGAGUUUUAUUCCUUGUCUAAGGCGGAAAUAUUUGAAACAAAAAUAUCAAAUUUAUUUCUUUAAAAAACAAGAAAAAAAUCGAUGUGUUUAUCCCAAGUACGGUGUAGCGUUAAUAAUAAUCCGACCGUUUGCUAAUCCGGCACGCCCAUUAAGCCGGCGUCAGUGUCUGUCGCCUUGUUGUCUACGGCGGGAUUGAACGCGAGUGUUUUGUUGCGUGUACACUACACGAUAGAUUAAAAGUAAACGAAGUCGCUACUAAAUAUUGCUUGCAAGCUGAAAUAUAAUAAUCACGAUUCAUUUCGACGAUAUUCUGUAAAAUUUUUAUAACAAAAUUGUGUAAAAAAAAAUAUAUCGCUCAGAGGUGGCGCUGGAGGACAGCACGAUUUCCUGUCGAUGGCGGAAGUUAUCGUUGAUUUAUAGAAGACGUUUCGAACAAAAUGUUAAAUUCCGGGAAACGUAAACACAAAACUUUGACUCUGCGUGUUAAAGCGGAAAUAAUCAAGAAAAUAGAUAAGGGCGAGAAACUUACCGAUUUGGCGAAAUAUUACGAUGUUGGACGUGCUACGAUACAUGACAUAAAGAAAAAUAGGGAUAAGAUUGAGUGUUAUGUUAACAGCAGCAACUUUGGUUCCGGUGAUAGACAGACUCUGAAAUCUGGUGACUACCCUGAAGUUGAAGAAGCUCUGUACGCCUGGUUUUUACAACAGCGUAAUAAGCAUGCUCCUAUUUCUGGGGAAAUCAUUCGUAAGAAGGCAAAGUACUUCUACAAACAAAUAACGAACAAAGACGACUUUAGAGCGAGUGAAGGCUGGUUAACUAACUUUAAGAAGCGACACGGGAUCCAUUUUUUGAGCGUCACUGGCGAUAAAUUAUCAUCUUGCGAUUACGCGGCCGUUCCUCCAUUCGUUAAAAAAUUUCAAGACAAAAUUGAUGAGCUGGGUCUUGUGCCGGAUCAGGUGUACAGUAUCAGUGAGAGUGAUUUAUUCUGGAGGCUUUUCUCGCAAAAUACUUUGGUUUGUCAGGCUGGAGAGGAUGUGCUGCGAAAUAAGAUGUCGGAAGAUCAAAUUACGUUCAUGUGUUGUUCCAAUGCUAGUGGCGCGCACAAACUCGAAUUGUUGGUUAUUGGAAAAGCAAAAAUUCCGAGAGCCUUCAAAAAUGCAAACCUUCCAGUCAUUUACAAAUUUCAGAAUUGUGGAUGUAUAACACAAGAAGUAUUUACUGAAUGGUUUCAUGAAAAUUUUGUGUCUUCAGUAAAGAAAUUUCUCAAAAAACAAAAUUUGCCACAGAAAGCCCUACUAAUUCUGGAUAAUGUUCCUGGCCAUUCAAAUGAAGACAACUUACAAUCAAGAGAUGAUUUUGUGCAAGUUAUGUUUUUGCCAUCAAACUGCAAUUCAAUAUUACAACCAAUGGACCAAAAUGUGAUCCAGUUAGUGAAAUAUCACUACAAAAGAAACCUUCUGUUUAAUGUGAUUAGUCAAAAUGAUAACAUCAUUAAAUUUCUGAAAGAAAUGAACCUGAAAAAUGUAGUUUUCAAUAUAGCUUAUGCAUGGCAAAAUGUAUCUCCUGAUACAAUCAUUUCAUCUUGGAAAAGAUUGUGGCCAUCACACCCAUUAAUUUCUAGCAGAAGUAAAAUCACAGAAUCAGCAGAAAGAGACAAUACUGUUUUAAAUUCUGACCUCCAGGAAGCAAUAGCUGAAUUGUGUGAAAGAGUGAAUAUUUCAUCAGAGACAACAAGUGUAAAUGAAGUUAACAACUGGCUUGCUGGAAGUGAUGAAGAAAAUCUACAGAUCACAAUUGAUGAAGAGACAAUCAAUAAUAUGAAAGAAGAUGACAAUACUCAAGAUGAGAAUAUGACAGACACAAUGAGGAAUGUACACUUAGAACAUUGUAAAGAAAUUCUUAGUGCCUUCAAUACUUGUCUCAAAUGGGCAGAAGAGAGUAAUGUGAAAAUGGAAGAUAUUUUCACACUGAAAAGGCUGCAAGAAAAAGCUGUAAUGGAAUCAUUUUCAGUAAAAAGAACAAAAAAUGCCUGACAGUUAUUUUGAGAUGAUGACAUAUGAAGAAUUUGCAUAUAUGUACAUAAAAAUAAAUGUAUAUAAGUACUUUAUUACAGUCAUAGAUUUUGUUUGUUUAUUCUUUCUGCUUGUAUAUUUAUUUAUCAGAGUUACAUGCACCAUACAUAUUUCUACUCAUUUGACAUUUUUGGUAAUCCAGUGUCUAAUAAUCUGUCAGUGUGAUCCAUAAUCAAGAUCACAGGAUUUAUCUUAGACAAUCAAAUAAUGUUUAUUUUAAUUCAUCAUUGUGUACAACUACUUUAAUUUACUCUUUUACAUAAAUUUUUUAAAUGAUUGUUUACAUUACAUACAAGAUAUAUUGAAUAUUAUAUCAGUCACAAUCAGCAGAAUAAGCAAACUAUUUCA